GCAGUCGCCUCCCCUCCCUUACUCACCUUUCUCUCACAUGUGUGGAAGGUCAUUGCCCCGACUGCAGGAUGACCACAAGCCGCACCACCGUAUGCUGCUUCUUGCUUUCUUUCAGAACUCUGCACAGUCUGCGCUUCGACACCAGCGAUGGAUUCGCCGUCUCUCCACCUGGAUGGGAGGUUGAGCAGCGGCACCCAUGGUGGUCGCCGGUAGUUGAGAAUGAUCCUCAAGGAAGACAAAAGGGCCAAAGCGAGGACGUUGUGGGAGGAAGUGAGAAAGGGGGAAGCUCCCGGACACGCCAAGGAACUCCGUUGUCACUGGAAACACUUAUUUUGGACCGUACGUUCCCUCUUCGGGCCGAGGGCAUGCAGAUGGCAGCCUUUUCGGACUUGUUCCUGAAUCUGACAACACUUUCUGCUUGCCUUCCAAUACCUGCAUCUUUCCAAAUUCUUGCCAAAGUACUUCACCGGCUCCUCCAUGCAUGUCCUCGAUUGGUGACUCUAAGUCUCCAGGCGUGCAGACCAUCUGAGACACCGAAGUCUUUCGUUGAUUGGGUUGGUGUGAGAAGGUUUCUGGGAGUGGGAAGUGGUGCUGCCAAGAAGGGUGAGGAGGAGGAGGACCAGGUGGCAAAGGAGGAGUUGAUGGAGGAAUUGGGGGAGGACGAGAAGGAACAGGAGGAGAUGAGAAAGAAGGGAAGAUCAGGAGAAGAAGCAAAAAGAGAGGAAGUACAAGGAGAGAUGAAGGGGAAGGAAGUGCUGGAGGCAAUGUCAUUGGACAAGCGUGAUCGAGGAAGAAUUCGAUCAUUGCCAAUUGGGAAAGAAUCACAGCCUCUGCAUUGUCUAAUGAUCGACUUACAUGAUGAGGACAUUGAAUUUGAGCAAGCAGAGCUAGAUGCCCUUAUCGAAGUUGUUCCUUCCCUGCACACUCUGAAAAUCAACGGCGGGAAGAGGCAUUUCACAUCUAUUCGCUACCCCUCACUGCAGUGUCUUGAGGUUAUUGAGCGGCAAGAAGAUUUUAUUUUGCCUCUGACGAUCAUUUGUGCCAAUUUGACUAACCUUGUGCUAGACACGUCUGCGCAGGGUGCAUCAAUGAUUCCACUCUUGCAGGUCCUCUGCCCAAAGUUGAAGGUACUUCUCCUCUGGCCUGGUCCAUGUGCGCCGUCUGGAACAGUUUCUCUGUGUCAUUACCAUGCGAGGUGCUUGUGGACAUACCAUAAUUUGUUCGCUUCAGUACCAUUGGACAAUCUUGUGUCUCUUCGCCUAGAGGAUCGUAUAGUCUUUGAGGGUGCCCUCUGCCAAAUUCUGGCACACCACUUGCACAGUCUUGAAGAGUUAGAUUUGGAUAUCAGUGAGAUCUAUCCUACCGACUCACCGCUCUCUAUGGAAGAGGUACAUCUUAUCCGAGAAGGAAAGGAAUGCUGCGGUCAAGAUGGACCCUCAACCAGCAGGUACAAAAUCAAGGAUUGUGCUGCUGACUAUUGUUUCUACAACACCGAUCGAAUUGCAACCGAGCACAAGCCUCUUGCUUCUUCUCCUCCUCCUCUCUCCUCGACUGUGUCAUCUUUCUCGCCCAUCUCCCUCCGCUCAGAGUCUGAGGCCGCCAUCACUGAUCCCUCUUCGAGUAGGAGUAUGAAAGCUCCUCAUGCCGCUUCUUCAGCUCCCGCCACCAUCACUAGAUUCCCAGAAGAUGGGUCUCCACGUUUUCCAAAGCCUUUGGGGCUUCGAAAACUGAAGUCGCUCAGGCUAGGCUUAGGGUUCGUGCGUUUGUUUGCAAAACAUACAGAGCGAGGCGUGCGCACAUCUACCUUGUAUCCCUCCAAGAUGGAAGAAGCUCACAUUGAGGGCGCAUCGAAUGAUGUAUGGACGAACAUCUUUUACGAUUGUCCUAAUUUGGACAGGAUCGAUUUCACACUGUGUGGACACGAUGAUUCGAACUGUAAAGGAUGUGAGACUGGGAACUGCAGUGAGGAGAAGCUGAGAAAGGAGGAAGAUGAGUGGGCUAGGGAAUUAGUUGGAGUCGUCAGUGCCUUUUUGAAACCCAGCACCAAUUUGACGAGAGUUGGGCUGGAUAUUGUUGAGAGUGGUGGCACUGUAGAUUACCAUCGUAUGUUCAACAUGCUUAAGGUCAUUUUCCCUUCUGUCGUUAUCCAUGUAUCAGUCCGCAUGAGGAUAUCCUAUGGCGGCAUUUACACACCCGAAUCGAGUGGAAGCGAGGAAUAAGAAGAAGCAAUAUAGGAGGAGGGUAGCAGGUUCAUGAACUUCCUUUCUCACCAUAAUUCCACAUUCUCCUUUAGAACUAGCCUUUAAACU